AUGGAGAACGCCGACAGCUUUUGGUUCGUGUCGCCGCCACCGUUCGUCCGCGCCGCAGCUGGCGACCACCCCAAGCAUCUCCCCGCCUCGCUCCCCGCCUCACUCCCCUGGAAGUCCUCUGAUGAACCUCCAACGUUCCAUCAAUCUCCUCCAAGGCGUCACUCCAGACUGUUCCCGAGGCGAUCUCCUCUGCCGUCCGUCGGCAUUGUCAACGGCUCCUACGUGUCCAUGGAGGCCCCGUUGGCGCAGGUGACGGAUGACCUGAUCAAGGGGCGGGAGUUGGCGACGCAGCUGCAGGGCCUCCUCCGGGACUCCCCCGAGGCCGGCGGUCUCAUCGUGGACCAGAUCCUCCACGCCUUCUCCCGCGCCAUCCACGCCGCCAGGGCCGCGGCCGCUGCCAGCACCAGCGAGAGGUCCUCGGACGUGCGGAGCGAGGUCACCGACGGCUCGAGCGGCGGCGCGAAGAGGAAGUCCGCCUCCGCCGCCGGCGGAGGAAACCGCAGGGCCUGCCGGAGAAGGACCCAGCAAUCGUCCGUCGUAACGAAGAGCAUGGAGAGCUUGGACGACGGGCAGGCAUGGCGCAAGUACGGGCAGAAGGAGAUACACAACUCCAAGCACUCGAGGGCCUACUUCCGGUGCACGCACAAGUACGACCAGCAGUGCGCGGCGCAGCGGCAGGUCCAGCGCUGCGACGAUGACGAGGGCAUGUUCAGGGUCACCUACAUCGGCGUGCACGCCUGCCGGGACCCCGCCGCCGCCGUGGCGCCGCACCUCCUCCACCACCUGAGCGGCGCCGCCCAAGGCCUGCACGCCGGCUGCCACCUCAUCAGCUUCGCGCCCGGCAGCGUCGCUACCGCUACCCAUGGCACCACCACCAGCACGGCGAUGGGGUCCGGCCUGCAGGGCAUAAAGCCUGAGAGCGGCGACCAGGAGGAGGUGCUGAGUAGCCGCACCCCCGGGAGCUCUGCCCUGCACAGCGCCGCCGCGGCGGCGACGGCGCACUUGGCCCGACCAGGGAGACGUGACGUCCACCCGGCAAUACGGUGGCACCGUUAGCUUUGGAGAGUACCUUGAUGACUAUGCGUCCCUCGGGGACCUAGUGUCGUACGUACUCGAUCAUUGAUCGGUCGAGCUGUGGACCGGGAGGCGCCCAAGCAUCGAUCGACUCGGCGCGUGUAAAUCGAAAUAAUGGCUGCGCGGAUCCUCGAUCUUCCUGAGCACUUGAGCAGCAACCACUGCGCGUCGUAGUUUAGUUUGAAGUGCCUCUGUAAAGAAAUAUAAGAGCGUUGGGAGUACAGUUUAUUUUCGUGUCAUGACAAUUAGAUGCUGCAAGUUGGGUAUUGUCUUAGUUGAGCCUAUGCUUUUGUCUCCCCCAAGUGACUGAGAAGUGCACAGAAAAUUUCAGUGUAUUUUGCACUUGACUCCACGACUUUAUGCUAAUUUUGGUUUCAUGUUUCUGAA